AUGGCUACCAUGGCAGAAGCCGUUUAUCAAGGUCGGAAACCGAUGAAAUCCCGCAACCUCGCCCUAUUAAGCGUUUUCGGGGUCGUCAGUGGUACACUUCUGAUGUUUCGCCUCCUAGCUCCCCAGCGUGGCACGCUCAAUACGAAGGAAGAGAUAGCGGCGUUUCAGGGUGCCGACUACGAUCAAACAGAGCAAGGAGAAACGUUUGGACACACUGCCCGCCCGCCUCGAAAGGGAUACCAAGUACCCAGAGGAAGCGUCUAA